CAUUAUGAGGUGAUCAUCAUUGGCACUUGGUAUGAAUUUGCUCACCAAUCCUCCCCCUUGAGUCAACACACACUUUGUGAAUCUAUUGUGUAUUAAUUGCAGAAGUUGAGAGUUGUUACUAUCACUAAAGCUGUGGCUGCUACUGAUCGUAUGCCAGCCUUGAGUAAGCUAGUGAGGUUACAGAGACAUUGAAAGCAAGUAACUGUCUGAAAUGAGUGACAACCUUGCUAAACAACUCUACUCGGCUAGUAAUGGUGGUCGUGACCGAGAAGUGCUUGAGCUGCUACAGAGAGGAGCUCCACCCAACAACAGUAACUACUACACUAGAGUGUGUGAUGGAGACACUCCACUACACAAGGCAUGUGUUAAAAACCAUCUCCGCAGUGUAGAACUACUCAUCAAGUUUGGAGCCAUUGUAACUGCUACACAUUUCAGUGGUUGGACUCCCUUACACUCAGCAUGUUACAACAACAGUGAGGCCAUUGCUAAGCUGUUACUGGAGCACCACUGUCCCACAGAUAUCAAGACCAUGUGGGGAUCGACUGCUGCUGAUAUGGCCAGAAGUGAGGGGCACCAUGCCUUGGCUAACUAUGUGGAGGGGUUCCAGCCUGGACCUAGAGACCCUCUGUCCUCGUACCCAACACUGGAACAGCUGAGUCAGCUGGAAUGUGACCAAUGGCUUCAAUUUGGUGUUCGCUUGGGAUUGGGCAAUGACCAGCUGGAAACCAUAAAGAAGAGCCAACAUCCCACAGCAGCAACUCUCCAGGCAGCCAAAAUCAAGAAUAUUGACAUGCAGUGGAAGGAUAUUGCGGAAGCUCUAGUGAGCAUUGGAGAGUACAAGUUGGCAGAGAGUGUGUGCACUCAGCAAGGGGAAGGUGAGAGUGCUCUGUCAGUAAGUGCAUUCUAUGGCUGGCUGGACUGUGUCAAGCAUCUUGUGGAAACUGUGGGCCUCAAUCCAAAAGGUACAGUCAACAAGGCUGGUGACACUCCACUCUAUCUGGCCUGUGCUAAUGGCCACUUGGACACUGUCAAGUAUCUUGUGAACGAGCAUCGUUGUGAUCCAGGUACAGUCAACAAGGCUGGUGACACUCCACUCUCUCUGGCCUGUGCUAAUGGCCACUUGGACACAGUCAAGUAUCUUGUGAACGAGCAUCAUUGUGAUCCUAGAAGUACAGUCAACAAGGCUGGUGACACUCCACUCUCUCUGGCCUGUGCCAAUGGCCACUUGGACACUGUCAAGUACCUUGUGAACGAGCAUCAUUGUGAUCCUAGAAAGCCAGUCAACAAGGCUGGUGACACUCCACUCUCUCUGGCCUACCAAACCAGACACUUAGAGACUAUCAAAUAUCUUGCUCAAGAACAUCAGUGUGACCCAAAAUUUGCAGUGAAUGAGGCUGGAGACACUCCUCUCUCCCUUGAGUGUUCCCAUGGUAACCUGGAUACAGUCAAGGCUCUCAUCAACAAGCAUGUUGAUCCAAAUAAGCCAGUCAACAAGGCUGGUGACACUCCACUCUCUCUGGCCUACCAAGGUGGACACUGGGAAGUUGUCAAGUAUCUCGCCAUCAGUCAUCACUGUGAUGCGAAAAGUGUCCUCUUGCUAGCAGUAAAGCAAAAUCGAAAUGCAAUAGUUGAAGUUCUAUUGGUAGAAAGCCAUUGCGAUCCGAAUGUAACCGACAAAGAAGGCAAGACACCUCUCAAUUUGUCCAACGACCCUGAGAUCAUAAAGCUCCUCUUGAAACAUGGAGCCAAGGCUGCCAAUGUCUACAAGGAACACAGCAAGCUCAUCGGAAAGCUCUCCUCCGAGCGACCCCCACACCUUCCUCUGUCUGUGCUCAUCAUUGGUGAUGGUGGCGUGGGGAAGAGCACUCUGUUGAAGUCCAUUCUGAACCCAAAAGGGUUUUGGUCUUGGUUCCAAAAGGCAACACCUGUGGAUGGUGUCGAUGCGAGGACAGUGGGGAUCAUACCGUACGAAAUAUACACCAAAGAGUUUGGGAGAAUCAUCUACUUUGAUUUUGCUGGCCAGAAAGAGUUUUACACGAGCCACUGUGCCAUUCUGGAGAAUGCUGUUCAAACCUCACCACCCAUCAUUAUCCUCUGUGCUAAGCUUGUACAAAGUGAGCAGGCGAUUAUUGAUUCCAUGUAUCGUUGGUUGACCCUCGUCCAAAACCAGUGCACCAAUCUGAAAGGCAAAGCACACGUGAUAGUAGUUGGUAGCCAUGCCGACCAGGUGAAGGAAAUGGGAGAAGAUCCGCAAGCCAAAGAGAGCAUCUUUGCCCCCAUUAUCAAGCAAUUCCCAAAGUUUGAGUUCACGGAGUUCAUUCCAAUAGAUUGCCGCUUUGCUAAUUCAGAUAACAUGAAUAUCGUGAGAAAACAAAUUCAGAAAAGCUCCGCUAUUCUCCGCUCUCCAGAAACCAUCAGCCUGAAUGCUCACACCUUUUACAUCUACCUUGCUGAGAACUUCAAAGAAGAACUUGCAGUUUCAUUGAAAGUUGUUCAACAACGAAUACAUAGCGAUCUAAAGCAAACACACGAGUCAGAGAAAAUGACAGACAUUCUUUCUUUCAUUCCAACUACCCUCAACCGUCUAGUUGAUAUCUGUGCCCAGUUAAGCAAGGUGGGACUUCUGCUGUUUCUUCACAAUGAUUCCUCAUAUGAAAAUUCCUUUCUGAUUUGUGACUCUAAAACAUUGCUCUCCGAUGUCACUGGGACAGUAUUUGCUCCUGAGCAUUUUCGCCAGCACUGCAAACUCGCCUCAAGCACUGGAGUGGUACCUUUGUCCAAGUUUGAAGAAGCUUUCAAUAACUACGACACUGAAAUGCUGAUUGCUUUCAUGACACAUUUAGAGCUGUGCUUUGAGAUCAGAGACAAGCAAGUUCUGGAGUACAUUCAGAAGAUGGAGCCAGACUUAGAUGACACUCGCUACCUCUUCUUUCCCGGGCUCAUCAGGAUAGAAACUCCCGAGCGUGUGUGGGAGGAAGACACUUCCAUGAGCUACCACUUUGGAUGGAUACUCGAAACCUCUCAGAAUACACAUUUUUACGAUCCUCGCUGCCUUCAAGUCCUCAUUCUGAGGAUAGUGUUCACAUUUGGCCUUGCCCCUGCCCUGAGAGUACAGCAUGAUGUCCCUUCCUUGCAGAAAUUCUGCUCCGUGUGGAAGAGUGGGAUCUGCUGGUGCAACGAUGAUGGGAUCACUGCACACCUCGAGCUUUGUAACAAUAAAUCUUUUACUAUUAAAAUACGAUCUGAAGUUCUUACACCCGAGAGCCUUGCCCAUCGCUCCAAGGUAGUCAGUAAAGUUCUCGAAACGGUGAAAGAUGUUUGUCCCAAUAUUGUAGUUGUGGAAUCACUGAUCAAUCCACAGGAAGUUGUCAAUCAUCCUCUAAAACCUUCCUCAGAGCUCACUCUGUUUAGUGUUAGAGAUCUUGCUACAGCUGUCAUCUCUCAAAAAGAAGCUGUGAAAUCGGUUCAUCGAGUUCUUUCUCUGAAACGUCUUCUCCAGUUUGAGCCGUACGCUGGUUUGGACCUCAACACUCUACAGUGUAUUCACAGUAACAAGAAUGUCAUGAAAGAUGGCAGAAUUUCGAAUAUCUUCAUUUCUCAUUUUGCUCGUCAAAUUUACGACCCUAACAGUAUUCUCAUGUACAGAAGAAUCCUGAGCCAAUCUCGAGCUUCCAUUGUCAAUAUUCAGUCGGUCAGUCCAAGACAGGAGGUAGUUCAGACCCUUAAGACGUGGAGGAGGGAGACUGAGGGAACCUACAGCUGUCUGAGGGAGACUCUCAACAAGUACAGUGUCUUCACUGGAAGAAACCCUCUGGACCUAGCUGGUGUGGCUCAUGAUGAUAUUGAUCCCUCUGUGUUUAGUAUCCGUGGAGAUGAGCAAAUGGAUCAUGAUACAUUGAGAGAAGAGCACCAGAUACCUUCUACCUCUACCUCAGGACUACCCGCUAUUCAAGUCACGCUCCAAGAACUAAUAAAGCAAUACAGUCUGACUGACGAGCAACUCAAUAGUAAAAUAGAGUACUCUGAUACUCCCAAACUGGCCUUAUAUUUCGAUAAUGUGGAACUUUAUUCAAGUUCAAUGAGGCUACCUCCUGCAGAAAAAGCCGAUGUGAAUAUGUUAUACCACAGAGAAGGAACUCAAACAGCCAUGAUGAAGUGUUUGAAAAUCUGGAAACAACAUAAUCCUUAUCAAACAACUUACAGAGCUCUACUGGAUAUCGUACUGGGAUUGGGGAAAAGAGACACAGCUCAUCAAAUCUGUCAGCAAUUGACCCCACGAGGUGUGAGGGGUGUGGUCACUGGCUCGGACUCAUGAACUGAUUAUAUACACAAGCAAGCAACUGACGAAACUAUAUAAUUAUACAUAUUUGUUUUUUUCCCGACAAAGUUCAUCAUGAACACAUGCAUGUAUUGCAGACUUAAUUAUUUUAUCUAG